UUUGAAUCUCUUCUGGCGUCCGCUACGACGAUAGUUUUUGCGACGGCAUGGCGUGCCUCUGUCUGACUAGAACCUGUACCGCAAUAACCGACAUUCCGCCAACAAGAAACUAUCAAUCCGUCAUCAGGAGGUACUAGUCGAUCAGGCGGAGUACGAGCGUGAGCGUCGGCUUUAUUUUGAAACUAACAAUGCAAGCUCGACCUCAACCACAAGUGCAUCCGAAUGCAAAGCUGCGGCUGCCACGGCCACCAACGAAAUUCAAAGAAAACCAAAUCAUGCUAAGCUUGCUAAUCUUUGCUAACUUUUUGCAGAAGUUAUCUUGUUAUAGAUGGCUUCAGAUCGACCGCAGUCAGCAAUUAGCUGUUCAUGUCGUCGUUUUGCGCAGGGGUAGUUCAGGUCAACGGCGCAGCGCAGGGGUACUGCCGUCGUGAUUGGGCCUCGCUUAGCCGGAAAUCCGCGCAACCCACCAGGAGAUAGGUAAAAAAUCCGCCGUGCCGCCGGGUUUCGCCUGCGCGAGGGGUGGCGCUUUUGGGCUCCCGGGCUUGGACGUUUUUUGGCUUCGACUCUUUCUUUAGAAAAAAAGGGAACGGCGCAGCGCAGGGGUACUGCCGUCGUGACUGGGCCUCGCUUAGCCGGAAAUCCGCGCAACCCCCCAGGAGAUAGGUAAAAAAUCCGCCGUGCCGCCGGGAUUCGCCUGCGCAGGGGGUGGCGCUUUUGGGCUCCCGGGCUUGGGCGUUUUUUUGCUUCGACUCUUUCUUUAGAAAAAAAGGGAACGGCGCAGCGCAGGGGUACUGCCGUCGUGAUUGGGCCUCGCUUAGCCGGAAAUCCGCGCAACCCCCCAGGAGAUAGGUAAAAAAUCCGCCGUGCCGCCGGGAUUCGCCUGCGCAAGGGGUGGCGCUUUUGGGCUCCCGGGCUUGGGCGUUUUUUUGCUUCGACUCUUUCUUUAGAAAAAAAGGGAACGGCGCAGCGCAGGGGUACUGCCGUCGUGAUUGGGCCUCGCUUAGCCGGAAAUCCGCGCAACCCCCCAGGAGAUAGGUAAAAAAUCCGCCGUGCCGCCGGGAUUCGCCUGCGCAAGGGGUGGCGCUUUUGGGCUCCCGGGCUUGGGCGUUUUUUUGCUUCGACUCUUUCUUUAGAAAAAAAGGGAACGGCGCAGCGCAGGGGUACUGCCGUCGUGAUUGGGCCUCGCUUAGCCGGAAAUCCGCGCAGCCCCCCAGGAGAUAGGUAAAAAAUCCGCCGUGCCGCCGGGAUUCGCCUGCGCAAGGGGUGGCGCUUUUGGGCUCCCGGGCUUGGGCGUUUUUUUGCUUCGACUCUUUCUUUAGAAAAAAAGGGAACGGCGCAGCGCAGGGGUACUGCCGUCGUGAUUGGGCCUCGCUUAGCCGGAAAUCCGCGCAGCCCCCCAGGAGAUAGGUAAAAAAUCCGCCGUGCCGCCGGGAUUCGCCUGCGCAAGGGGUGGCGCUUUUGGGCUCCCGGGCUUGGGCGUUUUUUUGCUUCGACUCUUUCUUUAGAAAAAAAGGGAACGGCGCAGCGCAGGGGUACUGCCGUCGUGAUUGGGCCUCGCUUAGCCGGAAAUCCGCGCAGCCCCCCAGGAGAUAGGUAAAAACUCCGCCGUGCCGCCGGGAUUCGCCUGCGCAAGGGGUGGCGCUUUUGGGCUCCCGGGCUUGGGCGUUUUUUUGCUUCGACUCUUUCUUUAGAAAAAAAGGGAACGGCGCAGCGCAGGGGUACUGCCGUCGUGAUUGGGCCUCGCUUAGCCGGAAAUCCGCGCAGCCCCCCAGGAGAUAGGUAAAAACUCCGCCGUGCCGCCGGGAUUCGCCUGCGCAAGGGGUGGCGCUUUUGGGCUCCCGGGCUUGGGCGUUUUUUUGCUUCGACUCUUUCUUUAGAAAAAAAGGGAACGGCGCAGCGCAGGGGUACUGCCGUCGUGAUUGGGCCUCGCUUAGCCGGAAAUCCGCGCAGCCCCCCAGGAGAUAGGUAAAAACUCCGCCGUGCCGCCGGGAUUCGCCUGCGCAAGGGGUGGCGCUUUUGGGCUCCCGGGCUUGGGCGUUUUUUUGCUUCGACUCUUUCUUUAGAAAAAAAGGGAACGGCGCAGCGCAGGGGUACUGCCGUCGUGAUUGGGCCUCGCUUAGCCGGAAAUCCGCGCAGCCCCCCAGGAGAUAGGUAAAAACUCCGCCGUGCCGCCGGGAUUCGCCUGCGCAAGGGGUGGCGCUUUUGGGCUCCCGGGCUUGGGCGUUUUUUUGCUUCGACUCUUUCUUUAGAAAAAAAGGGAACGGCGCAGCGCAGGGGUACUGCCGUCGUGAUUGGGCCUCGCUUAGCCGGAAAUCCGCGCAGCCCCCCAGGAGAUAGGUAAAAACUCCGCCGUGCCGCCGGGAUUCGCCUGCGCAAGGGGUGGCGCUUUUGGGCUCCCGGGCUUGGGCGUUUUUUUGCUUCGACUCUUUCUUUAGAAAAAAAGGGAACGGCGCAGCGCAGGGGUACUGCCGUCGUGAUUGGGCCUCGCUUAGCCGGAAAUCCGCGCAGCCCCCCAGGAGAUAGGUAAAAACUCCGCCGUGCCGCCGGGAUUCGCCUGCGCAAGGGGUGGCGCUUUUGGGCUCCCGGGCUUGGGCGUUUUUUUGCUUCGACUCUUUCUUUAGAAAAAAAGGGAACGGCGCAGCGCAGGGGUACUGCCGUCGUGAUUGGGCCUCGCUUAGCCGGAAAUCCGCGCAGCCCCCCAGGAGAUAGGUAAAAACUCCGCCGUGCCGCCGGGAUUCGCCUGCGCAAGGGGUGGCGCUUUUGGGCUCCCGGGCUUGGGCGUUUUUUUGCUUCGACUCUUUCUUUAGAAAAAAAGGGAACGGCGCAGCGCAGGGGUACUGCCGUCGUGAUUGGGCCUCGCUUAGCCGGAAAUCCGCGCAGCCCCCCAGGAGAUAGGUAAAAACUCCUCCGUGCCGCCGGGAUUCGCCUGCGCAAGGGGUGGCGCUUUUGGGCUCCCGGGCUUGGGCGUUUUUUUGCUUCGACCCUUUCUUUAGAAAAAAAGGGAACGGCGCAGCGCAGGGGCACUGCCGUCGUGAUUGGGCCUCGCUUAGCCGGAAAUCCACGCAGCCCCCCAGGGGACAGGUAAAAAAUCAUCCGUGCCGCUGGGAUUCGCCUGCGCAAGGGGUGGCGCUUUUGGGCUCCCGGGCUUGGGCGUUUUUUUGCUUCGACUCUUUCUUUAGAAAAAAAGGGAACGGCGCAGCGCAGGGGUACUGCCGUCGUAAUUGGGCCUCGCUUAGCCGGAAAUCCGCGCAACCCCCCAGGAGAUAGGUAAAAAAUCCGCCGUGCCGCCGGGAUUCGCCUGCGCAAGGGGUGCCGCAUCUGGGCUUCCGGGAUUGGGCGUUGUUCUGCUUUGGCUUUUUCUUUAUGUCAGCCCCUAGGUCUUCACCGCUGCUCCUCUUGAGCAAUAUGAGGCACUGCCAGUGUGUGUGAGUCGUUGCAAGUAGGGUGUGAAGUCUUCUUUCUUGUCCAAGUUUUUGUCAGGUCGCGUAUCCGGAGAGUGGGCUUCCACGAUGAGAGAGAGUAGAGUGUCAUAACUGAGUGUGCGGAUCCAUGUUCAUGUCAUCUAGAGGCGUCAUACCGGAGGUACGCAGGUCUUGUGGCGGUUUGGUUUUGUCGGUAAAAAGGAGGCGUAGGAACAAAUAUUGAAAAUGAUGUGGCUGCCGACUUGAGUUUUGCGUUUCUCUUGUUGGCAGCUGACACGCACCUUGUGAGACUCUACUUCAGAGGACCUAUUCUUGCAAAUCAGCGGCGACGGAGCAGGAGGAGACAAUGCAGCGAACCGCUAGCGGGACGAUAUCCCGGCCCAGCUGCCGAUCCACCUCCUCGUCAUCUUCGUCGGUACUAAAAAGUGGUGGAACAAGGAGUAUGGCGAGACGGGGAUUUCAUGCUACCGCAUUACUCCAGCCGGCACUCGCGAUGUCCGUGGGCUUUUACCCCGGCCUACCACCGGCCUCCACGCAAAUGUCCGGUUCGGACAAGUUCGCGCAGUCCGAGGCCAUGCUGAUGCAGACGGCGAUGUUCGAGGGAAACAGCGCGCUUGCCGCCUCGUCGUCGGCGAAAAACGCAUUCUCGCGCACCAGUCUGCGUCAAAGUGCCGCGCAAACCCCGCCGGCGAGCCCCGCAAGCAGCUUGAUUUCCCUGUCCACCUACAAAAACUACGGCGCGGCAACGACCUGCUUAGCCACCGGCGCAGAGAAAGUCGCCAGUGCCGAGGAGUGCGACAGCGCGGCGGUCACACUCGGCUUGGACCGUCGAGUCGGGACUGUCAAGUUGGUAUGUCAGCAAAAAUCCUCGGAUCAUAGUGCAAACUGUUUAAAGAUACUUUCUAUACGAAACUAACUUUGUCCGAAUGAAUAUGAAUCGAAUGAUCUUGAUUCAAGCUAGAGGAGCAAAAAUUACAAACGCACCACAACCCUACCUCCCUCUAGGUGUCCACGGGUGAGCUUCCCACAGGGUGUUUGUACUCGCAGCAGGACUAUGAAAUGCAAAUGUGUCUGGGUCUGGAAGAUUCCGAGAUUUGUCAUGCAGUUUUUCCUAGCUCCCUCAAAUCUGGAAUGCGUGUCCCAGCAUCACAGGUUCUGCAGCCCCUUUGUGAUGCCUUUUCUGCAUGAGAAAUACCCUCUCAGCUCAGCAUGGCCAGAAGUAAGCACCUGUUGCCAGUCAUGCAAUACAAAUCUUUGCACGAUCCGCAAUUCGCAUCACAAGUUCGGAUCCUUCCAGACCCAGACAUAUUUCCACUGGAUAAGGACCGGAUGGUGUUGUUCAACAAGGACCAGACCGACGUGAAACACAGUUUGUACUCCGUCGUUUGCAAGACGAAGGCCCCGUUUGGCGCCACGCCGGAGCCGGGGAACGAUGCGUGCGAGGCGGACGGGCAGAGCAUCGUGCUGAACCUCGCCAACGCCACGGCCAACUUCGGGUCGAAGAAGUGCAAGUUUGGGUUGACCCGGAAGAUUCCCUACUGCCGCAAGAUGCUGUACGACUACGGCGUGCCGGUCGGUAUCCACCCCCCGCCGCCCGAGGCGGCGGACUUCGAGGGCUACUUCUCCCAGAACCUGCUGACCAGCGACCUGGAACUUUUGUUGGAGGAGCUGCAGGACGCGCUGGUGGCAAACAAAACGCUCCCCGCCGCCGACUCCAUCGCUUGGUAUAACGCAAGAAUUCUGGCGGCCCGUGACGUCUACUCCGACGCCUGCCAGAACAUCACCGGCGGGACCAGUGAGAUGGGGGUAAGAACGACUAAAUGAUUUUUCUACUCGAAGUAGUAGUGCAGUCUUGGUCUCUGGGUAGUACAGUUUAGCGUAGAUGACAUUCCGUGCUCCUACUUCUGCCGCAAAAUUUAGAUUUUUAUCUCAAACACUCUGCACAGCAAGACUGGGUGCGGCUGACGCUGUCGAAACUCCACCUGUUGGUCCGCAAGAUUGGCUUGCAGGAGGCGUGCCAAAACGCGCCCGUGGCAAAGUUGACGCCCGCGCGACAGGACGCUUGCCGCAUGAUGUACAGCCAAGACCCGAAGACCAAGUACAACCUGUUCGCCAUGACCUGUCUAUGACAAUGCACAACUCCCCCUCCGCCUUAUUUGUAAGGCACGAACGGCAACACAGGCAACGGCAGAAAUGGGUCUUCUGCAUGACAAAUCUACACACGGAUUGUAGCACUGUUUCAGGUUGUUCCGAAAUUUGUCAUGCAAACAUUCCUUCAGCACAAGACAAGUGGUGGAUUCGGUAUUUUGCAUCACAAAUGAGGGGGAGGGGGGGUUGUGCACUUUCAUAAUGCCUGGGCUGCCUCUACAACGAGGCCAUGGAUGUGCCGAACCGGGCGGCGACGUUUAUGGCGUUCUCAAGCGUUACAUUCUCAACUGUCACAUGAAUUUGUAAUGCAAGACUAGCACAGGUGAGAGGGAGAACCUUGCGCGUCUUGCAUUACAGGUUUGAUCCGGAUUACAGUGCUAUUUAGCCUUCCGAGAAUUUGUCAUGCGAAGCACCUUGAUCGUCUGGCGGGUCAUGGUCAUUUUGCAAGACAAACCAUGUAGCAGUUGAGAAUUUAACGUUUGAGAACCUCAUAACGUUGGUGCGGAAAACCCCCGCCUCGGCGUCGGACUGCGCCGCGAACCCCAUGACCGACGCCGCCAAGCUGGCGCCCUGCGACAAGAACCCGGGGGACUGCUACCGGGUGCGCGAGGGGGAGUCUAUCAAAAGGAAAAAUCCCCCCUCCCCAUACUGAAAAGGUAUACUUUUAGUUUUGGAAAUUUGUCAUGCUGAUUUGUGGCCACAAAUCGUGUCUGUCUUGCAAGAAGGCGACUCCGCAGGGUCCGCCAGACUGUGCAGGCGGUUUGUCAUGCUGCUGGGCCUAUAGUGCGGACGUUUUUCAUGCUAAAGCGCCUAGGCCAAAACCUUUUUGCUCGCACUCAGUAUGAGCCUGCAGCCCUCUCCAGCAAGACAGCUCUGACUUGUGUACACAGAUCCAGCGUCAGAAGUUUCGUUUCGAUAUGGAGAGGGGGGAUUUUCCCUUCGAUAGAGUCCGUCGAGGACGUGUGCAUGGGCUUCGCGCAGGAGCUGCAGUCGACCAAGGCAUAUGGAUUGCAAAAGUGUCUGGGUCUGGAAGAUUGCCAGAUUUGUCAUGCAGGUUUUCCAUAACCCAUGAGGUCUGGUAUGUAGGACAUAGCAUGACAGAUUCUGCGAAAUCUUUCCAAUGCCUAUCCUGCAUGAGAAACUACCUCUCGACUAGGUCAAAAGUGCACAACUUUGGCAAUCAUGCAACACAGUUUUUUGCCUGAUUCAGAUUUAGCAUGACAAGUUGCAUUCUUCCAGACCCAGACACUUUUACAUUUGAUAAGGCACCCGGGGACGGCGGCGUCGCCUCCACGGAAAAACAGAAGGUCACCGUCUUGCUGCGGCUCAAGUUCAUGAAGGGGGACGGGACCAUGAUCGAGACAAAACGUACUGACGUUAUAGUCUAUCAAAUGUAAAAAUGUCUGGGUCUGGAAGGAUGUAACCUGUGAUGCGCAUUUCAGAACACACAAAAAACUCUCAUGCAUAGGUAGCAAAAGCUGCUCACUUUCUGUCACCAAAAUGGGGGAUUUGUCAUGCGGGUUCGGUAUUGCGUAAGCUUCUCGAAACCUGUGACGCUAGCGCUCUCAUGCCAGACCUUCUGUGUCAUGCAGAAACAGCAUGACUCUUCCUCUUCCAGACCCAGACACUUUUGCAUUUGAUAUAGUCUUCUUGGGAACAAGACUACUUAAUUGAAAUAGUUGUGUUGUUGUGCUUUGAUAAGUAUUUUGCUUUGGGGUUUUUGUGCAUGUUGUGACAGCUAAUAUCCGAGAUGGUUACUAAAAAAAACUUUUGAUUGGAGGACGGGCACGUCGGUAUGGCCGUGUUUUCUCGUUUUUAUCGUGAUCCGAAAAAAUUAACCUCAGAAACGCUUAUGGACGCGCUCGCGCGGGGUCUCGCGGACGGUCUGAGCGACACCGGAUUCGGGGCCAAAACGAGAAUAUACAUGGACAGUUUCAUGAGUUUACCGGGCGGCAAGCUGUUUAACAUGGCCACCACCACGGUGCUACCGAUCGGGGCGAUGCCCGGAACAACUCCAAAAGACUACACCGACAUGACUUUCGUCAUACAGCUCGACGACACCCUCGCACAAGGACUCCGCCAGAAACUCAACGAGCAAGAUGACAUGGUACAGAAACAUGUUGCCGGUGCCUCUCGUUUAUUCGAAUACUUGCUUUUGUUUGAGUUUGCUGUGUUCAUUUUUUUACCAGGAAGAAGUGCAGAAAAGAACCGUAUAAAAACAGGUAAUCCCCAGCACGGACUACGUGGUGUCCGGGUUGAAGAAGAAUCUGAUUCGCGAAAUAAACCGAAAGUUUAUGGAGGCGGAGGGACCCUCGGCAUCCGUGCUCCUGGACGAAAAGACCGGGGUGGAGUUUGCAACUUACACGGGCUUCUUGACCAUGAUGCAGAAGCGGAAUCGCAACCCCUCUUUCAACACCUGCAGAAAAGCCACUGCCGUAAACGAGUGCGCAGCUUGGCAAUUCUGCAACCAACAGGACCCAGCGGACCUGGGAGUCUGUGAGCCCUGUCCACUUGGAAAGUUUCGCAGCGCGUCCGACCCUACCUUGUGCAUCAGCAGAAGUACAACUACCUACUGCUUCGUUCAGUGAAUGAGCCCCUGUGUUGUAUACAGCAAAUAUGCCGGGCGCAAGCAAAACUGUUUUCUUCUUCAUGUGGUUUUCUCUGGUCGUACAGCGAUUACAUCAUGGUAUUAAAAGAGCUGCAACAUAAUUUUUGUCUAUUGAUAUUACAACACCAAACAGUGUGCACGGGAAACGACGACUGUCCAGCGGAAGCGCAGGUGUGCAACCUGCUGAACGGAAGCCCAGGUGUGUGCUUCAACCCCGGCGGCAUCACGCAAGGAUCGCCUUGCACGAUGCAGAACUGGAAGACGCAGUGCAGUGCGAUUGAGGUCUGCCAGAACUCGUUUUGCGUCGCAAAGUGCAGCGGCCCGGGGGAAAUCCGAAAUGCGGAUGGCACUGCCUGCGUGUGCCGAGCGGGCUGGGGUCCCGCACCCGGCGGGAAUGGCUGCAUUCAGGGCGGGGCCGGGAGUGGUCAGAGCGGAACCGUCUUUCUCGGUCUGUCGACAAAUGGUUUCGGAGGAUCAGGGUUGCAAUCGGGAGCGACGCAGCGCCACACCUACAUCGGGAGCCCCUUCCCAGCGAACCCAAUUUCGCCCUACAACAACUUGUACCAUGCGGGCAACGAGAUGGCGAACCUGCCGGAAAUGCCCUUGUAGAGGCACGCAGAAGGUAGCAUGAAGUAGCGGCACAAGGAACCAAGAGCAGCAGCCGUGACACUACUCUGUGCUGGCGCGACACUGCCCGCCGGCAAGUACCUGCAAUUACCAAGGAAAAAAAGUAUCAUAUGGAAACGAAUAGUCGUUGUUUCGUACGGAUCAUCAUCAUGCGUACUAGUUGUUUCGAAUUUACAAGCGUAGUCGUGGAUUUCGUUUUUAGGCACGAUACUUUUUUGUUGAAUGAAAAGCGAUGGCACAGUCCUAUCAACACCAAGUGGAAUAAAUAGGAAUUUUUUUUCAAAUGAAAGCCACCAGUGACUGAGAACCACUGCUGCACAUAAUGUCUGCAUGCGUUUCGCUUCACUACACUAAAGAAUCUAUCUGUACAAAUACAAAGAAUGGAUCUACUUCCGAUCAACAGUGCAAAGAAAUGAACCUAAAAUUAUAUGAGUUGGCGUCAUCAUCCUUUCAUUAUAAAAGCACCCUUUUAAU